AUGUCAUUGGAUUCACUUCUUAUUAUCGAGGGCGAGGGCAUCGAAAGUGCUGGAAGUAUUGCUGCAUAUUCUUAUGAUAAUAUAUUCUUGAAUUAUGCAGCUUCUAAGGCAUCGUUAUUGACCGUUCAACUUCGACAAUCUCAAACUGAUCUUAAUACAGAACAUCAUAAUGAAAAACAUGCAUUAAUUGCAUUGAAUGAACGUUUCCAUCUCUUUGUGGAAUAUGUUCAACGACUAGAAGAACAACAUGAUAAAUACAUGGCUCAAUUGGUCUCAUUCGUACGACACUCGUAUGAUAUCAGUACUAUUGAAAGUAAACACAAGAAAGAGUAUGUGCAUUUAAACACUGAUCUUAUGGCAUUAAACAAUGAAAAGAUCGAUGACGAAACUGGAUAUGAAAUGUUUCAAUUACAGGCUGCUAUUUAUUGUCAAUUGAUUGAGCUUGAACAAUAUACCAAAGACAAACAAUGUUUGAAAUUAGAACAAGAAUUGAAUAAGACGUCAUCUAUCCUCAAUACUCUACGUACAUCACAUGCAAAUUUACAACAGGAAAUAAAAACUGUGUUAGCAUUACGUUCAGAAACAUUACAACAAGAAUUCAAAUUAUUCAACAUUGAACCAGUUGAUGGCAGUAAAUUUUGGGCAUCGGCAUACGAUGAAUGUGUGAAGAAAAUACGUCAUGAUUUUGAAUGGCUGUAUGCAAAAAUUCAUCGUAAAAUGAUUGCAUUCUUCGAAUUAAAGAUGCGAGACAUAAAAACAGAUGUUGAAGAAUUAUUGGAGUAUCAGAAAAUCGAAAUUGAACAACUGGCUAAACGCAUUCGACAAUGGGAAAGUGAAUGUGAAAAAAUGCAGAAAAGUCUUUCAUAUGAAAAAGAUUUGGAAAUGAAAUUGGAAGCUACGUGUUUUACAGCUACUUUAACUAUGCAUAAAGAUCCUUACUAUACAGAUCAUGAUCAAUGGCAAGAUUAA